GGUUUUGCUUCCGGGGUUGUUUUCUCAAAGAGGGAAGCAUGUUAGCUAAACAUAGCGGCUUCAAGAUUGUGUUGUGCAUAUGUGUCCACGGUGAAGUUUAGCCGUGUUUGUCCGAGACAACGUGAGCGUUGCUCUGCAAUGACUUAAAGAAGCGGCGGAUUUAGUUUUAUGAGUGAAACAAAGUGCAGUAUCGGCCAAAGAUGAUUGAACCAGAGCUACUGACCGAGGUCCCCGCUGCACUGAAGCGUUUGGCCAAGCAGGUUGUGAGGGGUUUCUAUGGUAUCGAACAUGCCCUGGCCCUGGACGUGCUGAUCCGUAACCCCUGUGUGCGUGAGGAAGACAUGCUGGAGCUGCUGAAGUUUGACCGCAAGCAGCUUCGCUCGGUGCUCAACACCCUGAAAGCAGACAAGUUCGUCAAGUGCCGCAUGAGAGUGGAGACGGCUCCUGAUGGAAAGACAACACGGCACAACUAUUACUUCAUCAACUACAGGGUACUGGUCAACGUGGUCAAGUAUAAACUGGAUCACAUGCGAAGGCGCAUUGAGACCGAUGAGCGAGACAACACUAACCGGGCCUCCUUCCGCUGCCCCUGCUGCUUCUCCACCUUCACUGACCUAGAGGCCAACCAGCUUUUUGACCCAAUGACAGGAACCUUCCGCUGUACCUUCUGCCAAACGGAGGUAGAGGAGGACGAGUCCGUCUGUCCCGACGCCAGGACCCUGGUGGCUCGAUUUAAUGAGCAGAUCGAGCCCAUCUACGUGCUGCUACGUGAGACCGAAGACGUCAACUUGUCCCACGACCUGCUGGAGCCGGAACCUACGGAGAUCCCCGCCCUCAAACAGAGCCGCGAACGUGCUGCAGCGUCCGGAGCAAACAACGCAGGCCCUCACCGCGAAGCCUGGUCCACCAAAGGGUCAUCCUAUGCUGACCUGUACACCCAGAAUGUGGUCAUCAGCAUGGAGGAGCAGGACAGCCAGCAGAAGCAGGCCAGCGACGGCAAGGCACCCAAGGAGAGGCCCGUCUGGUUGACCCAGAGCACCGUGCAGGGUGCAUACAGCGAGCCUGACAUGCUCAAGAACCAUGGCGACAUUGCACCCGGAGCCCAGGAUGGAAUGGCGGGACACGGAGUCGGUCAGGCAGAUGAGAACGAGGAAGUGAUACGCACUCUGCUCAUCCACGAGAAGAGAGGCGCCGCAGGAGCAGGUGCUGCCAGUGGAGCUAGCGCCGCUGCCAGGAGCCUGACCGCGGCCAACGGCAGCGACUCGGACAGCGACACCAGUGAAUCGGAUGACAACUCCCCCGCGGGUCCUCCCCCUGCGGCGGCCGCUCAUCGCCGGGCCAACGAGGACGACGAGGAAGAGGACGAUGACGAGUUCGAGGAGGUGGGGGACGAGCCGAUGGUGACGGUGGGAGGGCGACCGUUCUCGUACAGAGAGGUGAGCCAGAGGCCAGAGCUGGUGGAGCAGAUGUCUGCGCAGGAGAAAGAGGCCUACAUCGAAAUGGGACGAAACCUCUUCCAAGACAUGUACUUCUAAACGCACACUUAAAACUGUAUGUACAUACAAGUAGACGUAGCGAAACGAUUGGAUGGAUGCUUCUGUCGGCGGGGAUGUCUGACAACAUGUUGGUGCCCUCAAAGGAAAUAAGAAGUCGCUCUAGAAGUAUUUAUAGGGGGCUUCAUUAAAAGAACCAAGGAUAUGCUUUGACAAUGUUGCCAAAGUGAUCACACAUGUAGUAUUUUUUCGAAGUAUUUUUGAAAGUUACAAAACCAGGAGGGAGCUAGCUAGUAAGUGAGUGCCAAUUACUAUUAUUUUUUUUGUUUAGUCUGUUUUUGUUUGAUUUCAUCUUUAAAUUGAUCGGCCUCUUGGGGAUUAUCUGAUGGGCGGGAUUCAGGAGAGGCCAGCUCUAUACAGUGGGUUUUUUUUGUAUCAGUCAGAUCCUCUCUUCUUAUUCCCCUUUUGGAUGACAAAUAUAGACUACUGCCACCUGCUGGUGUGAUGAGUUAUUUCCUUUAACACAAGCGCAGAAUCGAUGUGCUCUCUGGUCGUCUGCUGCAGCCUCUGCGGUGCGUUUGAAUACGACUUUUUGCUCCAGACACAAGGCGGUAGAACAGUUUUCCUUCGUUUCCUUCUUUAAUGACAGUUUGGCACAGGUUACGUUUAAGCUGAGUUUUAAAAAGAUCAGAUUCUCGUGCAGUGGAUGGGAGGAAUACGCCUCCAUUUUCGGCCACGCACCUGUUUACACACAAGCAUAAAUCUAAUGCUUCAAGUUGGUUCUCAUGUAUUGCCAUAAGUGCGCUGAUUGCAUUUUGGGCUGUCGGAACAUGCCAAAAGAUUUCUAAGCACAUGGCAGUACUGGGACCGACGCACCAAGGAGGAGCCGAAGAAGCCGCUGCUGCUUUCACUGAGUGUGUAGACGAGUUCAGAAGCUGAACAUUUUCUUCGUCUCUGGAACGAGUUAAGAGACUGGAAUUAAAAGUCAAAUACCGGAGAGAACGAAGAUCUGGGUAAACAGUGAAACAUUUGUUAUUUUAAGCUUUCUGUAAUAAAAAGAUACCACAGAACAGGCAUAUACAUGGACGUGUAAUCGGUGCGUGGAGUCAAACUGAUGACUGUUACAGCCUGAUAAAAGUUCUCUAGACUCAGAUUAAAGUAUGAGCUCCACUAACACAACACAAUUUGCAGGAAAACCUCACAUUCACAGUAUUCUUACAUGAGGAUGUGUUGGUUAAAAUUUUAACAUUUAACAAAAGAUAAAUUCCAUUGUAAUUAUAGAUGCUGUUUUUGUUUUGUUUUUUCCAUAUACCCUUUUGUGUGUUCCAAAGUGAUUUUUGAAAUUAAAACAUUGACAUUU